CCGGGUCUGGUGAGGCUUUGCCGAGAAGUCGGCGGACGACCCGGAUACCUUGUGGGUGGGCAGGUCAUUUGUCAUUGUAGUACAAGUCCCGGGGCUACUGCUGAGUUUUUAGACUGUUUCCCACCAAUUCAGAGAUGGCCUCAGAAGUCGAGGAACAAAUCCCUGUGCAUGAGGAAUUCUUUCUCUGUGGUGGAGUUGAAACCAAGAUCAUAAAAUGUGGGCCCUGGACUAACCUCUUUGAGAAACAAGGUGUCAGCAAGCCAGAACAGCUUAUCUUCAUCAUUCCCGGUAACCCAGGCUACUCCCCCUUCUACGUGCCAUUUGCAAAGGCCUUGUACACUUUGAUGAAGAGCCGCUUCCCAGUAUGGAUAAUCUCUCAUGCUGGGUUUUCGGUGAAGCCCAAAGACAAGAAGGUUCUUACAGCACCACAGGAAGAGUCAAAUGCUCAAAAAAUUGAGGACGUCUAUGGUCUGAAUGGUCAAAUAGAGCACAAAAUAGCUUUUCUGAGAGCUCAUGUGCCAAAGGAUGUGAAGCUUAUACUCAUUGGCCAUUCCGUAGGCACCUAUAUGACCCUUCACGUGAUGAAGCGUGCCCCCGAGCUGCCUGUCGUCCACGCCUUUCUGCUCUUCCCAACUAUCGAACGAAUAUCUGAAUCGCCCAACGGCAAGUUUGCCACUCCAUUUUUGUGCCAGUUUCGAUACCUGCUCUAUGCUACCAGCUACUUACUUUUUAAGCCGUGUCCUGAAGUAAUAAAAUCUUUCAUAAUCCAAAAACUCGCGGGACAAAUGAACUUUAAGCUUGAACUUCCUUUGACGGACAUCCUUCAACCAUUCUGCCUUGCUAACGCUGCCUACCUCGGGAGCCAAGAAAUGGUCCAGAUAGUGAAGAGAGAUGAUGACAUCAUAAAGGAGUUUCUCCCUAAGCUUAAGUUUUACUAUGGUAAAGUCGACGGCUGGUGUCCAGUAAAGUACUAUGAAGACAUGAAGAAAGAUUUUCCAGAAGGCAAUAUUUACCUCUGUGAGAAAGGAAUACCACAUGCUUUUGUUCUCGAUUUUAGCCAGGAGAUGGCUACCAUAGUUGCUGAGUGGAUAAAUAAUAGACCGCCCAGAAAAUAAGUACUGGCCCGGGCUGGAGAGAUGGCUCAGUGGUUAAGAGUACUGACUGCUCUUCCAGAGGUACUGAGUUCGAUUCCCAGCAACCACAUGGUGGCUCACAACCAUCUGUAAUGGGAUCCGAUGCCCUGUUCUGGUGUGUGUGAAGACAGCUACAUAAACAUUAAAAAAAAUAAAUAAUUCUUAAAAAAAAAAUAAGUACUGGCCCAAGUGGGGAAAAAAAGUCACCUACAGCCAAUACAUGAAAGUUCUAGGUGUGUUCUGCAUAGGGGCAAAUGUUUAAUCCUAAUGCUUAAAAGAAAACUAGAGACCUUCCUGGCUUACAGAUUACCAGCUCCCACACCCUGCACUAAGACUAAAGUGAACCCGGCUGACAGCUCACUCCAUGGGAGAGCAGUGAGCAGAGGAUGCUGACGGUGCACUUGCCUAGUUCAGGGGAAAUCAAUUCUGACUUCAUACAUGUCCUUGCUGAGAUCAUCACCGUGAUAGUCAUGAUUCACCUGCAAUAAACCAAAAAUCAAGUUUGCCUGACAUUGAUCAACUAACUCGACAGAGUUGCUGAAGGCUCCUGACUUCAUCCUACCACAGGAUAACCAACAGGCUCCUGACCCCUGAAAGGCCAGGUUCCUGCUGGCUCCUGCUGGCUCCUCUAGAGCAAGAAGGGAGGGAUGAAGUGUCCACAUCAGAUUUGCAUGGGAUUUCUCAUCAGUGUGAUUCAGCCAGUGACCUCCAUGGACAGGAUGCAGUGAGCCACCCAUUCCAUUCAUGAUGCCAUUAACUGCCUUGGGACUCUUCCCUUCUGAAAAUUUCCUAGGACAUCAUCUUUGGAAAGGUGUUUUAAGUUGUUGAGUAAAGCAUUAGCUCAUCCUCCAUUUGCCUAAACUUUAUUGAUUGGAAAGAAAGGAUUUUGUGAAUGUACAGAGUUCUGAAAGCCAUUAAAUUUGUAUUUCUUCACUCCUGAAAGCCUUGAAGUCCAGUAGAAAAGCAUAUUCCUGGCCGAGAUGCUUCCUUCCUGACAUACUGGACAGCUAUGCUACCUUACCUUAAUUGACUCAGUCCUAAGAUCUCAGAGGCGAAUAAACCCAACUGUCUAUAUGACUUGAACAAUUGGAAGCAUUCCAUUGUCUUGUAGAGAAAAGCUCUCAUAGCAGUACCAUUCAUUCCUCAAGGGCAGUGAGACGGCCCUUCCUCUCAAAUGCCUAAGGCCAUGAUGAAGGAUUUGGUUCUGCUGUGCUGCCUCUCAGUGGUGAGAAGAAUGGGUUCUCAACACUCCGCUCACUCCAUGUGGUUUCUACAGAGGAGCUCAGCCUCUCAGCGGGGAUAAGCCAGGCUCCAGACAAGGAGCCUUAGUCCAGGAAGACAACACAAGGUCCUCCCUGGUGCCUGCACAAGGAUGCCUCCUGCAGAACUGACCUGCGAAGCCAGGAUUCAGGCUGUGAGUACCUUGCUUAUAGAACAGGCUUGGUCACUGGUGGGAAUCAAUGCAUAAAAACAAGUCCUGGCAAGUCAGACCUAUUGGAACAAAGGAAUGGCAUUUGUGGAUCUCUCUUACAAAUUAUUUUACAUCACUCUUUGUUUUCCAAAUCCUGCUUAAAAGGCCCUGGUUCCUCAUUCCUAUUCCUCACCUCAACGUCAAAUGAUAGUUUAUAAUAAAUGUCUCCUCCACAGCCA